GGGAUAUUAUAUAUCAUGGCAGUAUUCAUUUCCGAAAUAGAUCUGAUUAAUUGAAGUAAUCGAAUAUCAAAUAGAAUCUACCACUAGCAACAUGUCAACAGUCAUCAACCAGAAUCUAAAUGAAAUUCAAACAAAACACUCCAGUUUAACGAAUCAAUCAAAUACUUUUCAUCGUCGUCCAGUGCAUCCACGUAUGGGAAUACACCAAGCAAAAUAUAAAUGUGGUGUAAAUACUUCAGUGAAUGACAUGACUGUUAGUCCAUCAGAAACUGUUAUAAAUAACUUUAAGAGUAAUCAAAUGGAAAGAUUUCCUGUUUCACAACAUAAACGCUUGUCUAUGCGAGAAAAUAAUCAUAAACUGAAAGAUCAAUUCAAACGUAGAAGUGGACAGAUAUUACUCAACAGAAUGAUGCCAGCCACCCGACAGCCUAUCAAAGCUAGACACUCAUUACGAAAUAAGAAUACAUGUGAAGCUAUAAACAUUAUAGAUAUGAAGAAUUUACUAGUUACUCACAAUAAUUCAAUUACCGAUGUGCAUUAUUCGACUAUCUGUGAACCACAAUUGUCAGCAGAUAUUCCUCCAGUCGUUUCAUCGCCAACAGUUUCGUAUUCUCAUCAAAAAAUAGCAAUUUUAACCAAUCCUGAAGUAAGAAGGCGUGUGAGUGCAGAUAGUGUAUCAUUGAAAAUGUUAUCAAGCCAUUCAAAUGUGAACGCUAACAAUGAAAUACCUACUAUAGCAAAACGACAAAGCACAGACUCUUCUUACUUCAUAUCUAAAUCAGAUUUAGUGAACAGAAAUGAUACCUCACCAGAAUCCAGAUCAAAUUCAUGGAAUACUUUGCAGAAUAUAAUUUCAUCUGAUUUUAAUGACACUUCAUCAGCUAAAUCUUGCAUUUUCACCAUAUCUUCCUGUUCAACGUCAACUUUGAAAAAAAGUUUUCCUUCAAAAUGUAACAGAUGGAGUAUUGGUACAAAAAAAAGAUUUUCACGUAGAAGCAGUACUGGAAGUUUAAAAACUGUACAAUCUGAUAGUGAAUGUAAUGACAACACUAGUAGUUGUAUGAUUGUGAAAGAUUCGAACUUAAAUAUCAAAUCUGAACAGCCGGAUAUGCUGAAGGGGAUCAAGAGAUCAGCAAGACGUACUUUCAGCAGUUUAUGUAAUGUAUUAAGACAUUCAAACGUGUCACUUAUUACAAGCAGUUCAACUAUGAAUGCUAAGUCAUUCGAUGCACAUGGUAAUAAAUUGGAUUCAGAUGCGCUUGACAACACUUCAAACAUAUCAACCGUCGGAUCAUAUCAAGUUUCUAAUGACAGUGGAAAUGACAGUUGUACACAGGAGACUACCUCACAUCAUAUAAGUGUACGACAUGUGACACUAUCAAGACCUGAUUUUAAGGACUCCUUUGGUUUAUUCGUGAUCAAGUCCGAGGAAGGUUAUCGUGUUACACGUUUAUCGGAUCGAUUAACCCAAGCAAAAUCCUUUUAUCAAGUCAAUGUUGGUGAUGAAAUUGUUCAAGUGAAUGGAAUAGAUUGUAAACACUUGAAUACAAGUCAAAUGCAAGAAAUAUUUAAAAACAAUCAAUCAUUGUCCCUUACAAUCAUGAACCAAUCAGUUAUCUGA